AGAGAAGCUUGAAGGAGGAAAAGAACCUUUGCUUUCUUCGCGAACGACCUCAAAAGAUAUAUAUAUUUUUUCACUGUGCACGGCAAGAUACAAUCAGCAGCAGCAUGUUUCGUCGUGUCGGCCUUCGACUGGCCGAGUUCCAGUACGUCCCGCUCAUCUCCAAAGUGUCGCACAAGGACACCAAGUACCGCCUGCUGUCCAAGGAGCACGUCGCGGUCGUGCAGCCCGGCGCGGGGCUGCCGGAGAUGCUGAAGGUAGACCCGGCGGCGCUCACGUUGCUGACCGCCACCGCCUUCGACGACAUUGAGCACCUGCUCCGCCCCUCGCACCUCGCCUGCCUGCGUAAAAUCUUCGAUGACCCAGAGGCGAGCGACAAUGACAAGUUUGUCGCGCUGCAGCUGCUGAAGAACGCGAACAUCUCCGCCGCGCGUGUGCUGCCCGGCUGCCAGGACACCGGCACGGCCAUCAUCGCGGGCUACCGCGGCGAGCAGGUGUUCGUCCCCGGCAACGACGAGGAGGCCCUCAGCCGCGGCGUCUUCGACACCUUCCAGCAGCGCAAUCUCCGCUACAGCCAAAACGUUCCGCUGACGAUGUUCGACGAGAAGAACACCGGCACGAACCUGCCGGCGCAGAUCGACCUCUACGCUACCAAAGGAAUGGAGUACAGCUUCAUGUUCGUGGCGAAGGGGGGCGGCUCGGCCAACAAGUCCUACUUGUUCCAGGAGACGAAGUCGGUGCUGAACCCCAAGUCGCUGCGGAAGUUCCUGCAGGAGAAGCUGGCCAUGUUCGGCACGGCCGCCUGCCCGCCCUACCACGUCUCCGUCGUGAUCGGCGGCACGAGUGCGGAGACGACGAUGAAGACUGUGAAGUACGCCUCGUGCAAGUACUACGACGACCUCAUCACCAAGCCGGACGCGACAACGGGCUACGCCUUCCGCGACCUCGAGAUGGAGAAGGAGGUGCUGAGCAUUUGCCAGCACAUCGGGAUGGGAGCGCAGUUUGGUGGAAAGUACUACGCCCACGACGCCCGUGUCAUUCGUCUGCCGCGCCACGGUGCGUCGUUGCCCAUCGGCAUCGGUGUCUCCUGCAGCGCUGACCGCCAGGCCCUUGGCAAGAUCAACAAGGACGGGAUUUGGCUGGAGGAGCUGGAGACGGAGCCGUCCAAGUACAUGCCGGAAGUCAAGGAGGCCGAGCUUCUCAAGACACCACCGGUAGAGGUGGACCUGAGCCGGCCCAUGUCGGAGGUGCUGAAGGAGCUGUCGAAGUACCCGGUGAAGACGCGGCUGAGUCUGACGGGCACCAUCAUCGUCGCGCGCGACAUCGCCCACGCCCGGAUGCGCGAGAUGGUGGAGGCGGGCAAGCCGCUGCCGCAGUACAUGAAGGACCACCCCGUCUACUACGCAGGGCCGGCGAAGCAGCCGAAAGGGCUGCCUUCUGGCUCCUUUGGUCCCACCACGGCGGGUCGCAUGGACCCCUUUGUCGACCUCUUCCAGUCGCUGGGCGGCUCGAUGAUUAUGCUGGCCAAGGGCAACCGUAGCAAGCAAGUGACGGACGCCUGUAAGAAGUACGGCGGCUUCUACCUCGGCAGCAUCGGUGGGCCGGCGGCGGUGCUGGCCACGGAGGCGAUCAAGAAGGUGGAGUGCGUGGAUAUGAAGGAGCUGGGCAUGGAGGCGGUGUGGAAGAUUGAGGUGGUGGGCUUCCCCGCCUUUAUCGUGGUGGAUGACAAGGGCAACGACUUCUUCAAGCAGCUGUAG